CGGCCGAAAGGGCGAGGUGAGACACGGAUGUCCAUCGGCGAGAUCUCGAGAAAUUCUGCCGGCGGGCGUAUAGUAGGCGAGAGACCGCUUAGCUUUGAUAGCCGGGGCGACGGUUGUCGGUUCUUCUGUACCGAGCGCCGAGAUGAAAUGAGAAAGAGAUCGAGCGAUCUCGGUCCGCGCGACCCCUUCCCCGGCUGCGUGGAUCACAGACGAGAGGCCGUCUACCACCAGCAGUCAGCCUGCUGACCUCUCUCUCUCUCUCGCUCUCGCUCUCUCUCUCUCUCUCUCUCUCUCUCUGACCGUUCCGUGCCCCCUCCCGCCCACCCCGGCCGCCGGUCUUCUCUUCUUCCUCCACCGCCUACUCCCCCAGUCGCCUCUUCCCCUCUACCGAUCUGUCUUCUUAUCGUUCCUCUCCUCUAAUCCGUGAAAUCUGGAACAAGAACCGCGUGGCGAGGCAAGCCGGUACCAGUGGCACCGAGGAACUCGGUACCAGCGGAGGUCUCUUCAGGAACGUCUCUCUACGGCGCUCGUCAGUGAUCCGCGCGCACCCUGACUACCUGGUUAGCGAGCCUGUGGGGAACAGCCUGCACGUAGGAACACCGCGAAGAGGCCACGGACAGUGACAGUAGUAGUAGUAGCAGCAGCAACAGCUGGCGCCGGCGCGAGAGCCUUCGCUAUUCCGCGAAGAAGGAUUCCGAAAGGGAAGAUCCGAAGUUCGGGGACCGAUCAGGGCUGCCCUGCCGGCUACCGUGGACCGACCGACCUGCGGGAACACCACGGAAGACACGCGGCGGUCAGCCAGAGAAUGCCGCAGAAUCGACGAGCGUGAUCGUUGCCGGAGAAUCGAACUGUUCAGAAAGCUGCCAGACCUGCCAGACGAAGGUAUCCGAAAGUGUCGGUUAGAGAGGAGCGACGCCGAGAUGACGCGAAGCUACGCCACCGCGAGACGCGGCAGGGCGAAGAGGAUGGUGCUGAUGGGCCUGGUGCUUCUCACGUUGCUCGACACCGUGAUCGCCAUCCCGACCAAACGGUCCCUGCUGAGGCUGUGCUCGACCAGCCUCAGCGACGCCCUGUACCUGGUCUGCAAGGGUCGCGGAUACAACGAGCCGUUCUCCAACAGCUCCGAGGUCGAGACCCAGGACCCCGUCGGGCCCGGACUAGCGGAACAGUGUUGCUACCGCACGUGCUCCUACACCGAGCUGGAACAGUACUGCAAGCCGAACAUAUCCAGUCCCGCGGACGCCGUGAAGGAGUCGACCUGGAUAGAGAAUUCAGUGUAUCCCUCCGUGAGGCCGGGAACGUCGUCGGAGGAGAGAUCGAGGACCGAUAUCGACUACGUCGCCGGCACGAUUAAGUAUAAGACCCGCGGGCUGAAGGGCGCACGGAGAAAGGGAACCAACUUGGACAGGGACGAUGCAGUCGGCUGCGAUGGGAGAAGCUCCGUGAGAAGACAUCGCGGGUGUCGGCCUCGACGGCAGAAGCAUCGUCGUCAUGGCAAGCCAUCGGAAGCAGCGUUGGCCGAUAGAUCUUCGAGGGCACAGGGGUACCACUAAAACCGAGACAAGCUAGGGAACGUUCCCGUUGCGUCACGGAGUGUCAUCGUCGCUUGCUAUCAUUCUUCUGCUCUCUUCCUCUCUCUCGCUCUCUCCCUUUCUAGCUCUUCCUUUCUCGCUACCUCUCUCCCUUUCUAGCUCUCCCUUUCUCGCUCUAUCUCUCUCCCUCUUUCUCUCCCUCUCUCUCCUUCUCCUCGCCAGUAGAGCAAACUUUGCUUAUCUACGAACGCAUCCAGAGAUCCCGAAGGAGACGAAACGAUCGAAACGGAGGGGAGAGGGAGCGGCGUAGGAAUGCCGGUCAAGAUCAAGAGAGUCGGAAGUGGAUGCAAGCGAGCAAUCAAUCAAUAAGACGUCUAGUCCCAUGAAACAGUGAUAAUUGGUCGUUAUAUUAACGGUUAGACGAGCAGCCUCGAGCCGCUCGAAGUCGUCCUCCCCUCGGAACGCACGGGACAGACAACAAGAAGACGAAGAAGAAGAAGAAGAAGAAGAAGCCGAAGAGUUCGAAGCCGAAGAGCUCGAAGCCGAGGAGCUCGAAGCCGAAGAAAACGAAGAAGAACAAGAGGAAUAGCGAAGUAGAAGGGCGACAAAAUUUAGGACAAUUUUCUAGACCACCGUCUCGCGAGUGACGGGGCAGGGACGCGGUCCGCGCUAAACGCCGGUGUCUCUUAAUCAAUUCCUUCGCCGUUCGGAAUACAUAUUUUUCCUUUUUUUUUUAUUGGCCGGAAACGCACGAGCCCGUCGCGCUCGUGUUUUCGCGAUAGGGUCGCGGGCCGCCAGAAUGAAAUUCGUACGGUCCCGGGCCCGAGACCGUUAGUCGCGUGAUCUCCUAGAGAAAGACUUAAAACAAGUGUUAUAUAUGUAUCUAUAUAUUUUUGUUUCUUUUGCUAAUCUUUUUUUUAUUUGUACAUAAUUCUGUGUAUAUGUAUAUAAAUAGAGCUGGAUCGGUUGGUUAUAGAGUUAGAUAGUAGCUUAGAUAGAUUAGAGACGCGAAACGAGCGAGAGGACCUCUCUUCCGGUUGCCGGUGACUUUUGGCUCCUUCGUCGAACAAAUGAUCUCACUAGUAUUAAAUCGAACAAAAUCUAUUUUUGUAAUCGCGAUCGCCGCUGAGCGAAACUAGUCACUAAGGACGAUGGUCGAGAGGCGUCGAGCGAAGUCGGCGCGUCGGCACGCGUCCGGCGCCCGUCGUGAUUCGUCAUUAUUCUUGUACAUAGAUCGCACCUGCGUAGGAGACUAUUUGUACAGAUCGUAUAAGUUUCUUUCUUUCUCUCUCACUCUCUCUCUUUCUCUUUCUUUCUCUCUCACUCUCUCUCUUUCUCUUUCUUUCUCUCUCUCUCUCUCUUUUUUUUAUCCGCUAGAGACGCGCUUUCAAACAUUCGCUGUAGCCUGUAUUCCACGUCUGUUAACACCGAUAAAGCGAGUAUUUAUACCAGUAA